AUGAAGACUACGAAAUCAGGGUCAUACCCACCUUCCAUUAUUCCUGAACUUCAAUCUUAUUCCCACUUCUGGAUACGCAACCAUCUAGAAGAAAUUAAAAAUAAGCCACCCUCGAUCAUCUAUCGCCCAAUUAAUAAAUCAGAGCUGAAAGAAAUUAAAGCUCUCCACAAAGAAUGAUUUCCAAUUAACUACUCAGAUGCCCUUUUUGAUAUGAUAGGAAGCUCAUUGUAUUCAAUAGCCGCAGUUUUUGACACAAAAGAAUACGGAGAGUCUGAAAUAAUUUUUGCUGGCUUAAUUUUGUUUCGAGUCUCUCAUAACGAAUCCAAUGGUUUUUUGCGGUGCACUUAUUUUAUGCAGAACACUUAUUCAUGCUAUAUCAUAACUAUAGGGGUUAUUGAAGAAUUACGAUGCCUUGGGAUUGGAAGUGAAUUGAUAUUAAGGAUGCAAAGACAAGCUGAGAGUUUAAUUGAAAUGCCGCUUUAUAUUUAUUUACAUGUGGUAGUAUAUAAUAAUGAAGCGAUUGCUUUUUAUGAGAGAAAAGGAUUUAUUAGGGCUGAGCAUAUUUCUGAUCAUUAUUAUAUUGACGGGAAAUUUUAUGAUGCAUAUUUAUACAUUUUUUAUAUUAAUAAUGCAAAAACUCCGAUUGUGACUUGGGAAAACGUUGGAAAGAUGUUUAAAUCGAUAAUGCAUUUUCCAGCAAGAGUGAAAAGUUUAUUUGUUAAUCAAAAAAUCAAUUAA